AGGGCCCGCUCUCUUUUAACCAUGGCCUCUCUCACCACUACACCUCCCAUGCAUACUAAGCCGACUCUUCCGCGAUUCUCGACUGCGAUCUGUACCGACCACGAUCACUCUCGCGACUCUUCUCCUUCGUCUUGCGAUACACCGGACGGGUCUCGAUCUAGCAGCCGCCGACGCCCAUCGUUCGGCUCGAUCAAAGAGGACGUCGACGGCAUCGCACAAUCAUUUGUAGAUACUCACCACGUGCCUUCCCCCAAGGAAACCAAAGAACCUCGCAAGUUUGAAUUUCCGGAGAUGCAACAGAGUCCGGACUUUUGUUGUCCAUGCGGUGGUUUUCUCGGUUGGAAGCAAAUUCGCCUUGGCGGCAAGAGUCUGAGCCGCAGCUACAGUGAUCUUCGUGGCUUAGCUAGUUCGCAGGCUAAAGGAUGGGCUUGGGAGACCACUGAAACCGGCCAAGAGUUGGUUCCUCCACCGGCACCUGUAAUUGAAGUGCCACAGGCCCCUGCUGGAAUUCCACCAGGUACAUCGGCAAUGGAGAAGCUCCCAUCGGAAGUACUGGAUCAAAUUAUCUCUUACUUGGCUAUCGAUAUCCCGCCCAAUGGUUAUACUCCGCGCAAUAUCGAUCUGGUUUCGUGCCUUCUCUCUUCGCGCACUCUCCACGCGGCGACAUUGGGGGUUCUAUACAGAAAUAUGACCUUCCCCCACUCGAUCAUCUUUUCCAAGGCUCUUAACCAUAUCUCACAGUAUCCAGCGCUGGGUACGCUGGUGCGCCGGCUGGAUUUCUCGCACUUCACCUCUGUUGGAUUGGGUCGUACUAAGCAGAUGAACGCAGAAAUUCAGAACCUGACUUCGCGCACCUUGUUGCAGUGCCUGGAAUUGUUGCCAAACUUGAGGGAGUGUCUGUUGCAGGAACAUCUUGAGGGUGAUUUGAGUGUGGAAGUAAUUCGGAAGCUGUUUAUGGGCUUACCAAUUCUACAGGCCAUCGAUUUGUGUGGCUGCUCUACCAACUCCUUCUCCGCGGUCUUCACCGAAGCUUUGACUGGUGGUCCAGCUCUGCCUAUGACCAUGCCAAACCUGAAGCGACUCUCACUCCAUGAAUGCAGCACGAUCCCAGCGCACAUGUUCGAUUUCAUCCUGCCGCGCCUGAUCAAUCUGACGCACCUCGAUUUGACCCACACUCAAAUCAACGACUCAGCUCUUUUUGCCAUCCCUGAAACCGCCCGUAUCACCCACCUGAGUCUGUCACGUUGCACACGCCUGCACCCUCCGGCCCUGAUCCAGUUCCUGACCACCCACCCGGCUGUUUGCGACUCCCUGGUGUUCUUGAACCUCCUGACCGAUGCGACUCGAUUCCGCCUCCUGGAAGAAGAGGAUGUCACGGCCCUGCUACCCAAAUUGCCCAGCACCCUUCAUUCCCUGAACCUAGGUGGUGCUCGAGUCACCUCUGCUCACGUCCCGCUCCUGCUCCCUCUCACGAAGCAUCUGGAGGAACUGGGAUUGAGUUCUGCAGACCUGUCCGUACAGGAUAUCAACACAUUCUUUGCCCGGACAAAGGAGAAUACUAUUCCUAGCACACUAUGUUACCUUGAUCUGGCUAAGGUGACGCAGAUGACUAUUGGAUCCAUUUUCAAUAUGAGUACCUGCCUGUUGCUGUCAGAGCAGAGCUACCCACUUCAGGUGGUCGAGUUUAGUGAUAAGAUUAUCACUCCCUUGCGUGAGCGCAGCAAGACCCAGCGAGCCUCUGUUGGUUGGACCGUGCGAGAACUCGGUCGCCGCGGCUGGUACGUUCGGGACCCUGCUUCUAUGCCUCAAUGCCCGAUCGACGAUGGGUCUCGUUCCUGGAAAAUGGGCGCACGCUGGUGGGGCAUGCGUAAGAUUCCCAUGGCGAUCGGCGAUGUUGGUGGUAUCUAUGGACACUACAUGUUCAAGAAAUGA